GUAAGUAACUUCCUUUUCAAUUUCCCCACGGAAGCACUUGUCGGCUCAGAAGAACUUGUAAGAAUGGCCAAUCCUCUGAUGAAUGAGUCUGUUUGGUUCCACCAACAGAAAUUUGAGCAGGCAGAAGCACACUAUCAGCAAAUACUAGCUGGUACCGCAACCCCCGGCCAGCGCACACGGUCUGUACAACAGGGCAAGCAAGGGGGAAGCUCUCUUGUAAAUGAAAUAGCUCAGGCCAGGCAAGAGAUAUCAAAACUUCUCAAGAAUCCUAUUGCAGGUGGAAGUGUGCCGCCCGGAAAAAUGGACUCUCUAGAGCGUGAAAACAGGGAACUCAGGAAAGUUACUGAUGAGCUGCGCGCGAUGGUCCUGAAGCUGGAGAACCGAGUGUCGGCGCUGGAGAGAGGAUCCGGCGUCCCAGCAGCAUCAGCAUCAGCACCUGCAGCAGCAACACCAUCCAAGCCUGCUGACGACGAUGACGACGAGGAUGAUGAUGAUAUGUUUGGAAGUGAUGAUGAGGAAGAGGCAGCAGAGCUUGAGAGACUGAAGGCCGAGAGAGUGGCAGCCUACAAAGCAAAGAAAGCAAGCAAGCCAACAUUGAUUGCCAAGAGCAACAUCAUCCUGGAGGUGAAGCCGUGGGAUGACGAGACAGACAUGAAAGAGUUGGAGCAGAAGGUUCGCGAGGUGUCCACCGACGGCCUCAAGUGGGGCAGCUCCAAACUGGUGCCGGUUGGGUACGGUAUCAACAAGCUACAGAUCAUGUGUGUAGUGGUAGACGACAAGGUUGGCACAGACUUCCUGGAGGAAUCCAUCACAGCUCAUGAAGACUUUGUACAGUCAGUUGAUGUUGUAGCAUUCAACAAGAUCUAAUAUCAGUGUAUACUUUUUAUCAUGUACAUGUCUUUCGUCAGUUACAAAUAAAUGCUGACACCUCAA